CAGUGCGUUAACUGAUAAUAACCUUUCAAAGAGAAACCAAUCACUGUCUGUGAUAUGUGUAUUUUUACAGCUUAGUCAACUGUUUUAAUAAUAACUUUUGAAUAUUUUUUCUUAUUUUUUCUUUCUUUUUUUGUAUACCAUUUGUUUGACACCCAAUAGCCGGUGUGCUGAGGUGGUCGUACUGAAGUGUCGUUUAAUACUCAUCAUUUCAUUUACACUGCAUUUCAAUCCCGUUUAGUUCUACUUAUUAAAAAUUGUAUGAUGAAUAAUAUUAUGACAAAUGAUAUGCAUACACUCCAUAUUCUGUCUAUUUUCAGAUGUUACUCUUUCUGGAAAUGUGACAAAAUUCGAUGCUAAUGGUGUGAACUCAAUUACCUUUACUUGUGAAACAAGCAACACGACAGGAAGUGUUACAUUUGAGUGGAUAAACAAAACAACUGAAGGAUCUACAUAUAUUAAAAACAACCUGACUGUAUCUAAACAUGGCAGCACAUACCGACAAGAUCUUAAACUUAUUCCACACUGGUAUCAACAUGAAAACAAAAUUGCCUGUAAAGUCUUUAACGUAAGCUCCAACAUAACAGCAAUGUCAAAUUCUGAAGUUUUGGAUUUGAUAUAUCCUCCAGUGACAAGUCCUGUCAUGAAGCAGGUAACGAAUCCAGAGACACCUCUCAGUUCAGAAAUUACAGUCCACGAAGGCGCCAUGUUGAACUUGUCGUGUGAAGUGACUGGAGGAAAACCGAGCGUGUCAAACGUCACAAUACAGUGUGAUGGUACUAACCCCAGUACAUUUUAUACGGUGGUCGGAGAUCGUGUUACAGGUCAUCUCUCGUUAACCGUGUGGAGGAACUUCCACAAACACACCUGUCAGUGUUCAGCUAAACACAAGACAGGUCGAUAUCAUCUUACUUCGAAUGUCACCAUUCGGAUUAACU